UACGUGGAGGUCUGUAAAUAAGCUCUUCUGGAACAUACAACCCUGUGAUUAACAUCGUGAACAUUAAUCUACGCAGUGAACUGGGAUACAGUUAGGCAAUUAACUAAGUCACAGGAUCCGAGCAGCCGGUCUAUUUCGCCGCUUCUUACGACAAAGAUAAGUUGCUGGAUGGAGACCAUAUUCUUUGGAACCCUACUGCUUCAUUGAUAACGACGUCCUGUAAAGUUCUACAACACUGACGUUACAUGUCAGAUUUGGGUAAUGUCCUGUAGACUCUUAUUUUUUCUUGAAAAAGACAUUCAGGACUAGUUGAGUAUGCGGGAAAGAACAAAUUUCAGUUAAUUUCAGAAAAUAAGCUUUUAAUUAUUCAUCUGCAAUUCCAAACGCAACUCUAAUAUAAGGGAAACAACUCCCAUAUCUCUUCGCAAAAAAAAGCUCUUUAGUGUUUGGAGAUAGAAAGAAGCCAUCGUUGAUAAUGCAAACGAUCCGCUAAGCAACGGAACUAAGCCCUUAAAAUUAGGAAAUGUGUGAUGUGUCAUGUUGCAUAAUGGUUGCACUGCUUAGUGACACUUAGCUAAACAAACGGUGUGUAGGUUUUAUUGUUAUACGGUGUUGCUGUAGUUCACGCAUCGAAAGAUCAUCGUGUCGACAAAACAAAGCCUAGAUAAUUCCCAUGAGAUCUUAUGAUUCAUUGUCGUUGAUGGUUCUUUCCAAUCGGAAAAAUGAACUGGGAAAGUAAAUUUUCGUCAAUUGUCCAAGAAACAGAAGCCAACUUGGCGAAGGUUAAACAAAAGCUAAGGAGUAAAGCAAACCUGUCUGCAGAUACAGUUUCCCUGGACUACUCAGCGUCCCCCCUGUUGUCUACAUCACUUGGCCACUACCCAGCAGCAUCUACUCCUAAAACUCGACUGAUGGACAGAUAUGGUCACAAGAUAAUCAACUCUAAUAUACGUCAUGAGCUCACUGGAAUGCCACAGUCCAGUGUCUUACAGCUACAGGAGCAAAUUGAAGAUCAGAAUGCUACCAUAAGUCGCCUGAACAAGACAGUGCAGUGUCUGGAGAAGGAGAGAGGAGAGUACCAGACACAGAUUCAAAUGCUCCGAAGUGAGGUGAGUGAACUGAGCAGUCAUGUGUUGGAGAGGGGCGGUCGCAACCCUCACCUUGAAUGGCAGAUGGACCAAAUCAAACGAGACCUGGAGCGGGAAGUCAAGGAUGUUCGAGACCAGCUGCAGCUUUUCAGGACUCGAAUAGACAGUCACUCUACAUCUGAUCAGUCCUCCAUCUCAGCAUCUCGAAAUAUAGAUGAAGUUCGGCAAGACAUUCAUGAUGAGCUGCGUUACAUCAGGAAAGACGUUGAUGCCCUCAGGAGAAGAGUAGGGUCUGUAGAAAUGGAUGUGAUGGGGUCUCACUAUGACAGGAGAGAUCUGGAAAGGUCACAGGAGAGGAUGAACAAGUCCUUGCAUGAGAUCUCUAAUGGUCGGACAAGAAAUCUGGCUGAAAUCUUGAAGACGUGUCCUGAUGCUGACCGGACUCUUGGACACACGCAGCUGGAGCAUCUCAGGAGCACUCGGUGGGACACUGAAAGACAAACUAAAUACUGUGGAUGCCCGUCUCAAGGUAACGACAACAUCUCCACACAGCAGCAACACUAAAGGCUACACGUCCAGAACAACGAAGUCGUACCGGAGAUCCAAUGACAAAGAUGUAGACAUUGACUCAGAUAGCGAUGAUGACCUUGACAUUGAUGACCUCUCUGACCUUGAAGACUCAGACACAGAAC